GGUGAAGAGCUCACCACUCGCCGGGCAGAUACAUAAUGGAAGCUAGUCAGAGCUGUGGGCUUGGCCACUCACAUAAUGAACUCUUCCAUCGUAAGUCUGAUCGAUCGAGUGUUUGUGUAUCAGCAGGCGCGCCUUGGCCUCAUCUUCCCUCUUCUCAACAACAACCGUUUCCUCCCCAUAAGCCCAAUUUACAAUAUUUUCGCCUGCAGUUCUUGGUUUCCACACGGAAACUCUUGACUAGCCCUCUGUCGGCAACCUGUCCUCGUCCAUAAUGCCGCACCCGUCCUCUAUCAUGAUGCUGCACUACGAUUCUGAAUCCGAGGACAAGCCGCGACGCGUCCUCGAUACGGACGGCGACUUCACCGUCCCCGAUAUGAAGCCGAGCAUCACCUUCAAGCUCCACGAGUUCCGCCCGAUGGUGCAAGAUAAGAACGGAAAUAUGAUUCCCUCAACGGGAAUCAUGGCGAUACGCCCCGUUCCCUCCCCCGCAGUCGUCCAGCGCGUUCAGGCGGCGAUGGGAAACGGCACCAACGGUGUCUGGGCGGGAACCGUAUUCACUCCAGUGCCCGGUGCAUCCCCCGCGUCCAUGUUCGCGCCUCGGUACAUCAACACAGGAUCGCCACGCCGAAACGUGCAGCGUUACGUCCUCCGCCGUCGGUACGUGCCUCAUAUCGGUGGGCUUAAAACGAUGCUCAUCUAUACCGACGGCGCAUGCCUUGCCAACGGUGCGGCGGACGCUCGUGCUGGAUGGGCCUUUAUCUUCAAGCCUGGGUCCGCGGGUGCUGUGAGCGGAGUACUCGAGCAGAAGGGUCCAGACGGCGAGCUGCACAGAGCAACAAGCAACCGCGCUGAGCUACGUGCCGUCAUCGCCACGCUCGAGUUCCGCCAGUGGUGGGGUGAAGGGUUCCAGCGCAUCGUGAUCGCCACAGACUCGGAGUGUGUCGCGUACGGCGUAACGGCAUGGCUGAAAACCUGGGCAGCGCGGGGCUGGCGCACAUCGGGGGGUUCGCGAGUGCAAAAUCAAGAUUUGUGGGAGCGGUUAAGUGAGAGGAUGGGAAGUUUUGUGGAGGGCGGCUGCGAGGUCAGCUUCUGGCGGGUCCCGAGAGCUUGGAAUGCCGAGGCUGAUCAGGCAGCCAAGGUCGCUGCUGAGGAUGGCGGAAUCAAUGUGGAAUAUGCCAUCCAGGAAGGCUUCAUGAUCUAAUGGGUAAACGCUAUGCCGGGUGACUGUCAAUACUGGAGAAGUAAUGUAUACCUUAGUUA